AUGCCUCGGGCUACAGGCCGGCCCGAAGGUGUUCGCUCCAGCUCGAUAAAUGCUGCUGAUAUCCUCUCCGGCGGCUCAAAGGCGACAUCGAGGAUUCUGCGGGAGAAGGAUCUGUGGGAGCGAGAGCAGGAGUUCGAGCGGGAGAAAGAGAGAUGGCGCCGUGAGAUGGAAGGCAUGGCGCGUUGUAGGAUGGUAGAGGCCAAGCAGGAGGCGGGGUUGAUGUUGGAUGAUGAAGACGAUGCAUGGGUCCCGGCCGAGUUUGAAAACGGCAUAGUCUCGGACGACGAGGAGGGCGGCAAGGCUGCAGAGGAAGAGGAUGACGAUGAGAGCUCGUCGGAUGAGAGCACGGAUGAGGGCGAAGGGGAAAAUAGGCUAUACUCGAAGAAACCGCGUCGGCAAAAACACAACCGCACGGACGACAAUGCAGCACUGCACAAGGAGUGGGCGCGGAUUGCUCCCGAUCUCUUGGUCGCCUACCUCGAGCACUUAGCGCAGGAAAUCACGCAUCCUGCGGACAGCGCCGAUGUCCAUCACUUCAAGAUCCUCGUCUUCGGCGCCGACAAAGCCUACCAGACUGUAGUACCCCAGCGCUCCGAAGACUCCGCUGCCGUUGCUCUCGCCCGGAUCGGCUGUCUGCCUGGCCAUCCAACACGGCCUCGUGUCGCCUUCGAGAUACGUGGCCUCGAGCAGCAUCGACAGCUACGCAUGGCCCUCCCCUCCUGCACUGCUAUGCCAUGGAUGAAGGCUGUAUGCCAAUUGUCCAAUAUGAAGUACCGUGAGUCCUUGCGAGAGUCUUUCGGACUCGCACUCGAUGCGUACCUCGCUAUCUUGCGCGAUGUUCAGAAGCUCGUCGACAAGGAGCUGGGCCGCGACGAGAAGGACUGGUACGCGAAGUACGCGUGUCCGCCGUGUGGUAACAAGCUUCCCGGCGAGAAGAAGAUGGAUCCAGAGCGGAUGCACGCUUCUGACGGCAACGAGUCGCAGAAGCGCCUGCUGAACAGCGGCCACACCGAUCACCGCGACCUACUGCCGCCCACCUUCUGGAUCUCGCCCGAGGACGUCGACAAGUUCGCUGACGAGGUGAAGCGUAGGGACAAGGGCAAGAAGAAGAAAAAGACUGAGGAGGAGGAGGAGGAGGAUGACGGUGUAUGUCCGUCUGUGCAGACCUGGAAGGCCGAACGCGCGCAAGCUGAGGACGUCGCGUAUACCGCGAUAUUCAAGCAGACCGGCGUCUACCUUUGCUCGUGCCGCCACGGUAUCGUGGAGUUCAUCGAGCAGAUGAUCCAGUCUGGCGAACAGGCCAAGUAUUGCCUCGCAGUUGCUGACCGCAUUUUGGAAAUCUACGGCGAAGAUCAGCUGCUGGCGACCGACAUUGGGUGUUCGAUGAAGGAGACCAUCAAGAAGAGUAGCCUCGGGAAUCGCAUGGCCACUCUACGGCUACGUGUUGUCGUCAACGCCUUCCACGGCUGGGCUCACAAGCGCGAGUGCCAGCUGUACAACCACCCGCUUUUCCUCAAGGGCCUCGGGAUCGAAGAUCUCGAGGUCUGCGAGCGCAUCUUCUCCAGCCUCAAUGGCGUUGCACAUGCCGUCCGCCACGCCUCGCACUUUCACUACAUCCAAUUCAUCACCUUGCAUCUCGAUGGCCUUCGGCGCGACAAGUACGGGGCUCUCACCAAGUUUAUGCGCAACAACCAUAGACAAAGCAUCAAGAUCAUCGCCGACAACACCAAGCUGCUGGCCGCUCGCAAGGAGACCAGCAAGGACUAUGUGUCCUGGCUCGAGGACGAGCGCGCCUACUAUAAAGCGUUGCGCAAGGAGUCCCCUCUCGAUCAGCUGAAGACGAAGUAUGCGGCUGUGCGCCUCGAUCUCGAAGUCCAACAGCUUGCGCUUCAGAAAUUCGAGGCCACCCCCGCUCGAGAGCUUGCCACUCGCGUUCUCGGUGCUGCGACCGCGCCUCACCUCCUCGAGUCGUACAAAGAGCGCGAGCGCAUCAUCGCGUAUCGUAAGCUCACCAACUUAGAUAAGCGGGCGGCGGCACUCGAGCGCGAUCUAGGGAUCGAGCGGUGGGAUGCUAAGAGUCCCGAGUUUCUCGCCGCUCAGCAGUAUGCUGUGCAACGAAAACUCAUCCUCGCUGUACAGAAGCUCGAGCGCUUGCUCGUUGCUCGUUUGCAAGAACUGUCAAGGUCUCAUCUGCGACGAGUCGGCUACAAGGAGCGCAAGCAUCUCGCGAAGGCCAUUACCCGUCGCGGCAGCGCGAUUCGGAACGCGAUCACCAAUGUCAACCGCCUCCGCGCCAUUCACCGCCCCGGAGCGCCGAAGCUCUCGUACAAAGAGGUCGUCGACAUGGGCUACUCCGCCGAGCUGGACGUUCUCAAGGAGUCCUCCCACGACAUCCUCCACAAGCCGUGGAUGGACCGCAAGAACCGCGAGGCGCAAACGGCCUUCUUCAAGCUCGAACGCGCCAAGGAGGAGCUUGACCGCCUCCACCACGAAAUCCCUCGCAUGCAGGAUUGGGUGGAUAAGGAGGACGAUAUCUACGAUAGCGCCAUCGAGCGCCUGCGUGGUACGCCGCAGGACUCGUCUCUGGGCGUCUCUCCUCGCGGUCUCGCGGUUUACCUCGAACGGGAGGCUGCCGCUCGUCGUAUCCAGAACGACGAACAUCGGCGCGUUCUGGAUGAAAUCUAUCGGGACAAGUCGUACACUGGUCCGCGUCCUCCGCCAACCCACGUCUAUCGUCCGCGCCCUCGCGCCCUCGCGUUCCGCAGCUCUAUAGCGACUCGGUCAUCUCCGAAAGAUGGCAUGGAUGUCGACGAGGAGGCCGGCAUGUCUGUUGCUCCAGACGAUGAGGAGUCGUCCAGCUCGGAAGACGAAGCCGAUGAGGGUGGGGACGAUGUUGAGGGUAUUGCGAGGGACUUUGGAGACUUACUUGUUCGGUAA